UUAUUGAGCAAUAAUCUUCCAAAACGACGCCGUAGCUCUCUUCGUCAUAAACCCUAGUGUCUCUCCCCAAACCUCUGCAUCAGUGAGUGAAGAACUGAAUAUGGAGGAAGGAGGAGAAGCAGGUUCUGCAAAACCAAACCCCACAGUCGCCCAAGUAUGCGAAGAGUGCAAAGCGAACCCAUCGAAGUACAAAUGUCCAGGUUGCUCCAUACGUUCCUGUGGCCUACCCUGCGUAAAAGCUCACAAGCUUCGCACUGGUUGUACGGGCAAGAGGAACCAAACCAACUUCGUCCCGCUCUCUCAGAUUGACAAUAAUCAGCUCCUUUCUGACUACAAUUUGCUUGAGGAAGUGAAGAGGGUUUCUGAAUCUGCUCAGAGAUUGAGAAAUAAAUUAUGCAGAUAUAAUUAUUAUAGGCUACCCAAUCACCUUAAAAGUCUCAGGAGUGCUGCCUCCAGUCGCAGAACGAAACUCUUGUUUCUACCAAGUGGAAUGUCAAAAAGGGAGAAAAAUCAAACUCGAUAUGACCAAAGGAAGAAAUGCAUCUCCUGGACGAUUGAAUGGCGAUUUCAUUCAACGGAUGUUGUUUUAACUGACCAUGAAGUAAAUGAAAACACGAAGUUCUGCUCUAUAAUUGAGAACCAUCUAAAACCUGGUCCAUGGAAUCAUCAGCUGAGGCUAUUUUGUGAAGAGCAGCUGGAUUGUCUCAGGCUUUUUAUUCGUAAAUAUCCGAAGGGCGCCAGGUCACCUUUCUGUGAGUUGGACAUAAGAGUUCCAAUAAGGCAGCAGUUAACCAACUUGGUUAUUUUGGAAUAUCCUGUAAUCUAUGUUUUUCUCCCUUCGCACAGUCUUGAUUUUGAAGUGGUUAAAAAUGCCACUCCCUCUUUUUGCAAACCAGAGCUUAAAACUUAUGGAAGAAAUUAUCCGAGCGCAGGAGGUGUUCCCUUUAAGGAGGAGGAAAUAGAAGAAGACAACAGCUAUCCUAAGGUGUUUGAUCUCAUGAAACAUGAGACUUCAAGUUCCCUGCCUCAUAUAUCCAGCAGAAGCAGGUGUGAGAAAGCACCAGAUGAUUCAUUAACUAGGACUUUGCCUCCAACAGUGGCAACUGACAAUGAUUCACUUUCCGACUCCAAUGCUAAGGAACAAGGGCUUUUUGAAGAAAUGGACUUUGAUUUUGAUCAAGGCUUAAUAGACACGUACUCAAAUCUAAUUGCAGAAAUUAAUCCUGAUGAUUUUCUUGAUUUGGAAGGUGAAUUAACCAAGGAAGAAUUAGAAGAAAGAAAUCUUUCAAGUGUCAGGAAAUUCUUAUUAGCAGAUGACGACAUAGAGGAGGGGGAAAUUUUAGAAUAAUUGGACUUGUAGCAUUCCCCAAAAAGAAUUAAAAGAGGGAACUUCCAGAGGAGCAUCAACUAAGGGUUUUGCUACCAACUGCAAUUUUGGGCGGGUAUUCCACUCUGCUGUUAUAAGAUAUUCUUUGGGGCAAAGUCUUAAAUUAGCUGGUAAUAACUUGCUGAAACUGUAUGUUUUCUUGCUUACCCUUUUCCAUCUCCUGUCGUGUGACAAGCUAAUACUGGUGAUGCUUUACUGGGUUCUACAAUUUCAAGUUUGUAGAUUCCUGAAGUUCUGAAACACGGUCCUAUCUGGAUUGGGGUCUAGUUCCUUGAGCUUGGCGCAAUUAAGAAGUUUGGAUAUCCUUGCAACUUUACCUAUUCGGGUGAUUGAUGGUUGUCAGGUUUUAUCAUUUGAUUCUUUGAAAUGGUUCAGAGAGAUGAAUUCUGUGAUCCUGGCAAUUUGCCCCUACUAAAUAUGGCUCCGAUAUUUACUGCUUUGAA